UUUCGACGAGUUGGAAGCUGUCAGUGCUAUUGUCAAUUUUCUCGGAGAAACUCUCCCAAUUUUUCUGCCUUGUGUGUGAAAAUCCUUGAAUUUCCUCCAGGAAACUCCCUGAUUUCCCCCCAAAGGCCACUCUAAUAUCUGAUUUCCUCAAAUUUGUGCUUGUGCAAUGCAGUGACAUCCCAAAAAUUGGGUGAAAAGUGAGAGAAGGGCAUGAAGAAAAAGUGCUCGGAGUGAGAGUUGAAGGAAAAGUCCCUGAAUUCGAAGGAAUGCAGAGGAAUUUUGUUUGAGGAAAGGAUUGUGGAAAAGCCCUUGGUGAAAUGUCCAAGUUCAGUUCACUGGCCACGGAGCAGAGGUACCUGGAGUCAGUGAUUAAUCUUGUGUUCGAGGAGUGUAAGCCCAUGACGGGCGAGAACAACUCGAAUGUGCUCAGAGAUCGUAUAAAAAGUUUGCGUCGCGAGGAGCGCAGGGAGAUUGCGAAGCAGACCAGGGAUGGCUGCUCGCCGCUCUUCCUGGCCUGUAAGCAUGGAAAUGUCCGCGUGGCGGCGCUGCUGAUCACAGAAUGUGACGCAGAUAUUGAACAGCGGGGACUGUAUGAAGUUCCGGAAGACAGAUCCGUGCACUGCGUCACUCCGCUGUGGUGCGCUUCUGUGUCCGGGAAUCUGGGCGUGGUGAAGCUCUUGAUUGGCUUCGGGGCGAAUAUCAAUGCACUCUCGGACACGGGAUCGACGCCGGUCCGGAGUGCAUGCUACAUGACGCACGUGGAAAUUGUGCAGUAUCUGGUGGAGCGGGGGGCUGAUAUUACAAAAGCUAAUUACAAUGGGGGCACUUGCCUCAUAAAUUCCGUGCAAUCUGUGGCUCUGUGCAUGUACCUGAUCAGCAAGGGGGCUGAUGUCAAUGCACGGGACAUUCAGGACAAAACAGCCCUGCACUAUGCCAUUCAGGAACAUAGACUGGAGACCACGAAGCUCCUGCUGGAGCAUGGGGCAGAUCCAUUUGCCAAAAGUCGAUAUGGUGAUGAUAGUUUGCAGCUGGCAUGCCUCAAGGGGGCUCAUCAAAUCUUUGAGUACCUCAAAAGUCGCAUAAACUACUCAGCUUCGCGAUUGGCCGAAGCUCAUGAACUAAUCGGUUCCACCUUCCUCGAUGAACAGAACGAAACCCGUAUUACCAUCCUCCACUGGAGGCUAGCUCAUCACAUUCGACAGCGGGAAUCCGUUUACAUCGAGAAAAAGCCUGUUCCACCGCCACGGGAAGCCUUUGGCAAUGCUGUGGAAUUUUCAACAAUAGCCGAAUUGGACAAUAUUGCUGCUGAUGUGGACAGCAUGAGGAUUCAGAGUUUAUUGAUAUGUGAGAGGGUGCUAGGGAUUCAUCAUAAAGAUACGCUGUUUCGUUUGAUGUUCCGCGGAGCAUCCUACGCCGAUUCCCUCCAGCUUCAGCGAUGCAUCGACCUGUGGUGCUUGGCACUGGAAGUUCGUGUGGAGAAACAUUCAAUUCUCCAUUCGGAAACGUGCAUAACAGCCCAGGCCAUUGUUAAGAUGAUGCUGGACUCCAUAGACAAACACAUUCAUAUGAUGCCUAAUGAGAUUGUUGAUCAAGACACCCCGCGCUUCCUUGACGUCUACAGUGUCUUCAGGCUUCUCACUAGGAAUAUCAAUGAAUCUCGCCAGUAUCUUACCAUAAGGCCAGUACAUAGGAAACAGCAAGAGAAUUUUGAUAGAAUGCUCAAGUGCAUCACGCACUUGAUCUAUCUUUUGGUGACGACGGCAAAGUCUGAGAAGGAGAAGCAAAUGGUGUCUGAGGCCGUAACUGAACUAGUCCAGAGCAAUAUCAGGAGCGCCUGCACCAAUGAUACCCUUCUUCAUCUCUCAGUGUCCCGAUUGAAUGUCAUCAAGAGUGGAUACUUUUCCGAUGACAAUAAUCUCACGGUGAUCUUCCCGAGUUUAGAAGUUGUGGAGUUGCUGUUGGCGUGCGGGGCCGAUGUGAAUGCGCGGAAUGAGUCCAAAUCGACACCGCUGCACAUUGCAUCGAUGCCGUACAACUUCAAUGGGCGCCUCGUGCAUACGCUGCUCGAGAAUGGGGCGCAUCUGGAUCAGCCGAAUAGGGCUGAUGAUCGUCCCAUGAACAUGAUCUCGGCCAAUCCGGGAAAUGAGAUUUACCUCAUUAACUAUAUUUCACUUAAAUGUCUAGCUUCCACCGUUAUUACCAAGUAUAGAAUUCCGUACAGGAAUCAAAUUCCUAAGACACUAGAAAUGUUUGUGAGGCAACAUGAAGCUUAAUGUUUUCAAAUAAAUAAAUAAAACAUGAUAAUAAAUUCAGGAGUAAUUGUUAAGUAGGUUCAAUAUAUCAAGAAAGAAAGGAAAAAAAAACAAUCACCUCAGUGAAAUAAAUUUAAAAAAAAAUAUCUCUCUUCUAGUGACAAUUUAUUGAGGUUUUCUUUCAGAGAAGUUCAGUUUGCUUGAUCAUCCCGAAACAGAAAAAAACCGUAAGAGAUCCUCAAGGACUUGAUCAUCUUGACAAAAAAUGCCUCAUUAGACAUCGUUAUUCAAUAAAAAAAAGAGAAAUUUAUUGUUGUUACUUUGUAAAUAUUAUUAUUAGCUGUGAAUUUUUCCACAAAAGAAUUCACAAGUGAAAGAAACAAGGUCUCAUAGGGAUUCUAAUAAUUAUUGCUUAACUGUAGUAAUCUGUAUUUUUAAGUAGUAUUUCAAAAAAAAGGACAACACAACUAAUUAUAAAAUCUUCUUCUGAAGAAUGCAAAAUACAAUAAUUGUGCUAAACAAA